UCUGAGCAUGUUUCACUGCUCGUAUUGGUCAAUGAUAAACUCAAAUUGGAAUAAAGUAACUCGACUGAUAUUUUAUGUGCUGCCAUGACUUACAAUUUUCCUGACAUAGUCCACUCCUACUACCUGAAAGCAAAGGUGAAGAAAAGAAGCGCAGACACAGUGUCUCUUGUCACGGUGCUCUGAAGUGUUUUUCGUUACAAAUCUCUUGAGUGGAAUAGCUUUUGCUUCCAUCUUGCUUCAGGACCCACUGCAGCUCUGUGAUUGCUGAUCCAUGCUUAACUGCUUAAGGAGUCCUGGCAAGAUGGCAGUUUCAAGACUUCCCUUCUUUCUAGCACUGGCAUUUUCCUCUCUUUCCUUCGUUCUUUCUCAUUGGAAUAGAGAGAUGUGGUUUCAGGAUUUCUUUCCACCCAACAUGUGCCCUAUAAACGCCAAAGACAACACUUUUUAUGGCAUAAUGUUUGAUGCAGGAAGCACUGGAACCAGGAUUCACAUUUACACCUUUGUGCAGAAGAGCCCAGAAAAUCUUCCAGAGCUGGAAGGAGAAAUCUUUGAGUCUGUCAAGCCUGGUCUCUCUGCAUAUGCUGAUCAGCCUGAAAAGGGAGCUGAAACUGUCAAAAGAUUGCUGGACAUGGCCAUAGAUGCUGUGCCACCUCAUCUCUGGAAGAAGACCCCAGUAGUGUUAAAAGCCACAGCUGGUUUGCGUUUGCUGUCAGAGGAGAAAGCUCAGUCUUUGCUUUUAGAGGUGAGAGAAGUCUUUGAGGAAUCACCAUUUCUCGUUCCAGAGGACAGUGUUAGCAUCAUGGACGGGUCUUAUGAAGGAAUUUUAGCCUGGAUCACUGUGAACUUUCUGACAGGGCAGCUGUCAGGCCAGAACCAGCAUACUGUUGGGACUCUGGACUUGGGAGGAGCCUCAACCCAGAUCACGUUUCUGCCACGGUUUGAGGAAACUUUGAAGGAAACCCCUGGGGAUUUUCUUACCUCAUUUGAAAUGUUUAAUAGCACCUACAAGCUCUAUACCCACAGCUACUUGGGCUUUGGACUAAAAGCUGCCAGACUAGCAAUUCUUGGAGCUUUGAAUGUGGAAGCUGUGGAUGGACAAAUGUUCCGCAGUUCUUGUUUACCAAAGCAGUUGGAGGCAGAGUGGCAUUUCGGGGGAGUGAAAUACCAGUAUGGUGGCAACAAAGAAGGAGAAACAGGAUUCAAGCCUUGCUACUUGGAAGUACUCAAGGUUGUUAAAGGGAAACUGCACCAACCAGAUGAGAUUCGUGGAAGUUCCUUCUAUGCUUUCUCAUAUUACUAUGAUCGAGCAGUCGACACCAACCUAAUUGAUUAUGAAAAGGGAGGUGUUUUGGAAGUGAGAGAUUUUGAAAGAAAAGCUGAAGAAGUCUGUGAUAACAUGGAGAAGUACAACUCAUCCAGUCCUUUCCUCUGCAUGGAUCUUGUGUACAUCACUGCUUUGCUAAAGGAAGGAUUUGGAUUUAGGGACAACACACUCUUACAGUUAACAAAGAAAGUGAACAACGUAGAGACAAGUUGGACUUUGGGUGCUACCUUUCACCUACUGCAGUCUCUGGGAAUCACUUACUGAGCUGUGGCAUUCCCGUGGACUACAGCAUUUCUGAAAGGCUAAGAAAUCAAUUGAAACCUCCAUGUACAUUGUUCAGCUGGAGCUGGUCACAGAGCAGAACAUGGACCAAAGCUAUAGAACAGAUCUUCACUCCAGACUGGCAUUGUGCAUAAUGGAAGUUGCUACAGUAUGAUUUAUAAUUGUGAUUGCCAUAAGUGAUCCAGAAUGUACCUUCUGAAAGCCAGCAGGCCUAAACUCCAGCAGAGCAUUGCAAGGGGCUCAAAGCCAGCUUUCACCAGCACCUUUGUAUAGCCUCCCAUUGCUAGAAGCACAGAAUACCUGGCAUGUGGUGGCAGACCACAGACACUUGGCUUCCCAUCCCCCUUUUAUUUUAAACAUGCAUAACUUAAGUUUGCUUGUGAGAUUUUAAAUACAGAAAUUACAGGUGGCAUCAACAGUCAUUCAGAGAAAGGUGAGUAACUCUAGAUGCUGCCAGCCUCCCUGUUCCAAGUACCUGGCUGUCAGAUAAUAUGUUGCAAGAGUCCAGUCUUUCAAGAAGGGGUCUGCUGUAAGUGCACUUUGGGCAUGGUUUUGGGAAAGGUGUGGGCUAAAGCAUAUGUUGUAACUUACUGCGCAUUUCUUUAGACUAAUCAUUUCCUGAGCAGAAUGCAUGCCCAAGUCCCUUUUUGCUGCCUUUUGCAAGCCUGUGCAGCUGUACUGUGCAUCUGGCUACCAGACCUGGUAAUUCAUUUAGGGUGUAGUCAUAACACAGACUUGUGCUGGCACAACCAGGCAGCAGUGGCAGCUAUUUAAAUUCUACUGCCAAAAGAAGUACUUGUCACAUUACACCCACAAGGAAAUGAAGGGUGCAGUCAGAUGAAAGGGUUUAUCUGAUUGAUAGCUCACUUUGCCAUGAGAGGCAGUUCUGCUUCUCUGCUCUCAGCAAGGCACUCCCACAGCUUUCUUUCCUCUGAUGCUGGUGCUCCUCCAGUUCCUCGAGGACUGGAUUCCCAGCACCAAACGUGAGUUAAAUCAGAUCACUAAAUGGUCAAGUCUAGGACUAGCACAAGUGAAAGAGGCAUUGCAAAGCCUGGAGAGACCUGCUGGGCCAGGGAGCUGUUAGAAGGCCACAGCCCACUUUGUAGGAGUGAGCUCUAAGGUGUGCUUUACCAUCUGAAAGUUUGGGCUUAUCACUUCCUGUGCUGUCCUUAGAAACCUGCUCUGAAUGCAGAGCUGUGGGGAAACAAGUUGUUUAUGCAGUUGUUUAAUAGCCCAAUAUAGGAAGAGAGCAGAAUUAGCAUCAGAAACAGAGGGAGAACAAGAACAGAAGUAGCUUUACUUUCUUAUCCCUUGUCCAUUUGAAAUUGGUUUAAACUUCAUUUCUGUUGAAUUUAUUGUAGCACAGUUGGACCCAUGAAGUUGUGUGUGCAGCCCUGCAUUGCUCUGAAGUUAUUUUUAAUAUAUACAGCAAGUCUUUACAGUGUGCCCAGUGCAGGAGUUGCAGCUGUUGAGGAAUCCCAAGACUUCUGCCAGGACAGCAUGCAGCUAUUUGAGUAACAAUUUGAAGUGAACCUUGCCAUCACCUUCACACAAAACACACAGAAGCAAUGAAAGAUGACAUGUCCUGUAGGAUCCUGAGUUUCUUGUUUCAUUGGCUGUAGGGAACAUCAGGAUUGCUCAGAUACCUCGAGGCUCCAAGUGCAGACAUUGCAUUGUCCUAAGUAGAAAUGGCUGUGGCGACAACUUUUUCCACCCCAUGAAAUAGUUGCCUCAUCAAAAAUUAGUAUCUUCUACUCACCAUGGAAUGUGUAAGGAAAAGAUUAAUUUUCCCCCGUCAUAAGAGCAGAGAGGUAUUAUUCAUGUGGCUCAGUGAAGCUUUUAUCCACUGAUCUCUUGUGAUGAACACCUCCCAGUCAGGCACUUGCAGUUACCCAUUUGCUGUAACACACCUUUCUCCUGUAAAACCAAAGACUGCCCUCAAGGUAUCUUCUCUGCAGACUGCAUUUGAGAGUAAUUGGUAAUUCCCAGCAGUGGAAGGAAGUACUGCACUCGUGCCCUUACUGAUCUUGCCAAGCAUUUUGGAGACUUAGGAAUCUGCCUUACAGUGAACACAAUGUCCCUUCCUCUAAUUAGCAGCACAAGUCUGACUGUAGCUGAUCAAGCUUUCUCCUUCUGUCUCAGGUUUGACAGCACUAGGGUCCAAGGCCUGCUUUUGACUGAACAAGCUCAGUCAGCAGCAGAAGUCCAAGGGCAGGGGAUGGAGCUACCUGUAUUUGUCCCAUCCCUGACGCUUUGCUGUAAAUUCAGGCUGUUUCUUUGAAACACAAAAUGCUCAUCCUACCUGUACUCCCCCUUACCAGAAUCUGUUUUGAGAUCCAUGGUGGGAAAUUCCUCAGUGUCACACCAACCUUCUGUUCCUUCCUCACUGGGAGGUUCUCUUUGAAGAAAGUAGUUGUGUCAUCUUCUCAACCACAAACAUUUCUUAAGCCCCUUCCUAGUGCUCGUCACAACUUAGUUCAUUAUAAUCUGGUCUGCACAAGGUGACUGCAGGUGCAUUCGUUGUUCUUCAGUGAACAAUUGUAUUCACUUUUGUAUUCUCAGAGAACACAAAACAGGAUGCAGUGGUUGCCAGCAGGGCUACAUUACUCCUGAGAACUAGCUAAUUUAAUAAGCCAAGAGUCUUCUUCUGGUCUGAGCCAGUACUAUUACACACUCUUACUACAUCCUGGGGCUGAAAGCUGUAAGCAGUGAGGCUGUAUUUGAAACAGGAAGGGAAAGAGACAAGCAGCAGCAGCAUUUCUGCCAACUGAACAGACAUUAGCCCUGAGGCGUACUUAUGGCUUUGAUUUUGUCUGAAGGGAGGAUGCUCUAGAACAGGACAGGUACCAUGAAGAAGUUUCUUUUCUGUGUUCUUUGCCUCAGACUCUGCUACUACAGAUGCUAGGUGGGGGAAUCAGCUUCCCAGUACCAAAGUUGCAUUAAAUGUGAGUGCUCAGGGCCUUCCUUUGUCAGUGGCACUAUUCAUUAACAGAAACAAAAUUGCUGCUUUCUAUCAGGGGCCUGAUCCUGCAGUCAUGAGAGAAACAGGAGCUCUGCUCAAAGGUUUUUCUUGCCAGAAAUCGUAGCAUUGAGCCCCUGCUGUUUACAUCUGAACUACUCAAUGUGGGUGGGGGAACUAGAGAAGCCAGUCAAUUCCUCACACCCUCGUGCAAUGAGAUUAUUUAUUAGCUUAACUAAAGAUUUAAGCAGCCUUUUAGGAGAAGAGUUAUACUUGCAGCCCUGUUUUUUCUCUCCUCCUUCAUAAUGCCUUUUAGCCAGUCACUAACAGGAACUGCCUAAUAUGAGUGACUGAACAAGCACAAGUAAUGGCUUUCAGUUCAAAACAUAAGUUUCAUUCUUUCUGCUGUUAAUUCCUGAUAUUGGUCAACCAGAUGUGAAAAUCUUGCCCAUGGGCAGUGCUCAUUUAAUUUUAUGAGUGUCAAAUGCCUAAUCCAGGAGCCUGGUGUUUAGAACCUAAACCAGAAUAUUUUGAAUGUCUAUUUUAGUAAUUAAAGCAUUUUUAACAAUAUUCAA